AUGGACGACGGAACAACCUUCAUAUACACCAAUCCAUUCAACGGAAGUUGGGCAGUCGAUCCUGCCAACCCGUACAACGUCUCUGGACAGGCGCAAAGCUGGACACCAAAGUUGACGGAAGAAUGGGUCUGGGGUCAAGAUACCAUCAAGGGUGUCAAUAUCGGAGGAUGGCUCGUCACUGAGCCAUUCAUCGUCCCAAACCUUUACGAACAGUUUCAGAACAGUACGCCGAAGGCAGUCGACGAAUACACCUUGUCCGAAGCGAUGGGUGAUCAACUCGCAACCCUCAUGGAAGAACAUUACUCCACCUUCAUCACCGAAGAAGACUUUGCCCAGAUCGCCGCUGCUGGACUCAACUGGCUUAGAAUCCCCAUUGGAUUCUGGGCCAUCUCGACGCAAGAAGGUGAACCGUUUCUUGAGGGGGUGGCUUGGACGUACUUCCUCAAAGCCAUUGAAUGGGCAAGAAAGUAUGGUCUUCGAAUCCUGCUCGAUUUCCACGCUCUCCCAGGAUCUCAAAACGGCUGGAAUCAUUCCGGAAAGGAAGGUGUCGUGAACUGGAUGUACGGUGUCAUGGGAUUGGCGAACGCUCAACGAAGUUUGGAAUACAUGAGGACAUUCACAGAGUUUAUCUCUCAGCCUGGAAUCAGAGAAGUCGUCCCAAUGUUCGGCCUUGUGAAUGAAGUUCAAGCCUCUGUCAUCGGCGCUGCCAACCUUCAAGCGUUUUACUACCAGGCUUACGAGAUGAUUCGAGGUAUCACUGGCUACGGAGAGGGUAACGGACCCAUCAUUGCUAUUCACGAAGGCUUCAUGGGUGUCAUUCCUUGGGCUGGCUUCCUCGACGGAGCUGAUCGAUUGGCGCUUGACCAACAUCCAUACCUUGCCUUCUGGGGUAAUCAAAAUCAUGGAACAUGGCAGCAGAAUGUGACUUGCGGCUGGCAAUUCGCAACCAACUAUUCUCAGAUCAACUUUGGAAUCACCAUCGGUGGUGAAUGGUCCCUCGCACCUAACGACUGUGGAUACUGGCUCGACGGCGUCGAUGUCACUCCUCAAUACGAACUCCAAAAGGUCGGCUCUUGUGAAGUCUGGAACGACUGGGAGAACUGGAAUCAAUCGAUGAAGGAUGGCAUGUACUCAUACUGUCAAGCACAGAUGGACGUCCUUGAUAACUGGUUCUUCUGGACUUGGAAGAUCAACAACUCGACUGUCGUGGGCACAGCCACUAGCCCCCAGUGGCAUUAUAAGCUUGGAUAUGACCAAGGUUGGAUCCCCAAAGAUCCAAGAAGUGCGGAUGGAUUCUGUCAACGUCCCGAAGCUAGCUACACUGCUCAAUCGUCAACCAUUUUCGACGAGACUUACCGCCCUUCUCAAACUGGAGGUGUCGCGACUCCGACUUUGAACCCCGCUCAAGUCUCUUCACACGACGCAUGGCCACCCACUUCCUUCGGUCCCAGCUUUACAGCCGCUCAAGUCGCCUUCUUCCCUACGUACACUCAGACCGGUGUACCAGUCACACUGGCAAUGCCUACGCCAACCGGUACCAUCAAACCUACCGCCAGCCCGACAUUAGACGGAUGGUCAGAUCCGACAGACACUGUUGGUGCUUGGGUCUCCGUCUCGGGAUGCCCGUACCCUCCUGAAUACAACGCUACUGCGUUGAGCAACUUGCCAACUGCUCUAUGCACUUGA